AGUUAUUGAUUUAAAAUUGUUCAUUGAAGACUUAAAAAAAAUAAAAAUCAGAAAAAAUUAAAUUGCUGAAAGUGAAAAGAAAGUUAAAAUGAAAAUUUUCCUUCUGUCGUUGGUGGUAUUAACGUUAAGCUGUGCUUACGGAUUACCGAGCUUUUAUGAAUUCCAAAGUCGUGAAGAUUUUCGCCCAUGUCGUGACGCAAACGCGCUUCACACGUUAUGGCCAGACUUUGACGACAAUACAAAAUUUCAUCAAUGCAUAGCAGUGAACCGUUGGGGAACUCAUACAUGCCCAGAGGGAACUUUGUUCAGCUUUUGGCUUCAAGUCUGUGUUUGGCCUUUUCAAUGGGUCGCUCCACCUCCACCUGAUCAAAUCACUCCUUUCCCAACAACAAGAUGGCCGGGACAAACAAACCCUCCACCGACAAAUCCACAAACAACUCCACCAACAGUAGAAGUGACAGUCCCUACAGAUCCAACAACUCCACCAACAGUGGAAGUUACAAUCCCUACAGACCCAACUACAAUUCCAACAGUACCAACUACAGUUCCAACAAUCCCAACUGAUCCAACUGACUCAAUUCCAACAGUACCAACCGAUCCAACUGACUCAACUACAAUUCCAACAGUACCAACCGAUCCAACUGACUCAACUACAAUUCCAACAGUACCAACCGAUCCAACUGACUCAACUACAAUUCCAUCAGCACCAACUGAUCCAACUGAUCCAACUACGGUUCCAACAGUACCAACCGAUCCAACUGACUCAACUACAAUUCCAACAGUACCAACCGAUCCAACUGACUCAACUACAAUUCCAACAGUACCAACUACAGUUCCAACAAUCCCAACUGAUCCAACUGACCCAACUACAAUUCCAACAGUACCAACUACAGUUCCAACAAUCCCAACUGAUCCAACUGACUCAAUUCCAACAGUACCAACCGAUCCAACUGACUCAACUACAAUUCCAACAGUACCAACCGAUCCAACUGACUCAACUACAAUUCCAUCAGCACCAACUGAUCCAACUGACCCAACUACAAUUCCAACAGUGCCAACCGAUAUACCAGACGAUCCGACAUACCCAACAGUUCCAACCGUUCCAACUGUUCCCACAAUUCCUACAAUCCCUACAGUACCAACUGUUCCGACACUUCCUACAAUUCCUGGAGAUCCAGAAACAACAACUCCUGGCGAUCCAGAAACAACGACUCCUGACGAUUCAGAAACAACAACUCCUGAUGAUUCAGAAACAACGACUCCUGAUGAUUCAGAAACAACACCCCCAGAAGACCCAGACACUACCACGACAGUACCUGAUAUUCCAACUCCGCCAGUUUUAACAACGACAGAUGGUCUCGCAACUCCACCAACUCCAUCAACUGAAGCACCUCCAGCAGGAGAUCCAUUACCGCCCACACCUCCAACAGCACCCACAACACCAGAUCCCCUCUUAGUUUAA